AUGCCCACCUCAGUAGCUUCCAGCGAUGGCCGUGGUCCUGCCAGUUCAGCCUCGUCUCUGACAGGGGGGUCUGCGAAUCCCGCUACUUCCGGUCUUGCUGCUGCUCUCAAGGGCGCAACCUUGGCUUUUCAACAACAGCAGAAGACGGCGGCGGCUAAAGGCAGCGAUACCGCCGUUCCACGGGGUCUUGGGGUUUCACGGGUACCGACCCCAGGGACAACCGUCUCGGCAUCAACCUCUAGGACAGUUGGCGGCAGCAACGGGGCACUCCUGGCGGCCAACAUUGCUGCUAGAGAACACUCACCUCCAUCAACCACCUCUAAGAACGAAGCAUCACGAGUAGUCACCUCAACGCCAUCUUCUUCUUCAAGUGUCGGAUCAGCGGGCAGGACGAACAGGCAGGAACCGCACGGCCAGGCCGCUGGCGGGAGCUCGCAACAACCACAACAUGUCGAAGCUCGGGCAAACGAUCAUGCGCCAAACAAACGGCCAAAGAUGCGCUCGAGGAGGCCUUCUUUAGCUUCUGUGUCUAGCCAAACACCAGGCAACUCCCACUCUCAUCCUCCUACUCCAACGACCUCAAAGCCUGGUCCUGAGCCCAAGUCGGCUUCUUGGAUUGCUGCAACACUGGCCGCCAGUAGGUCCGGUACGCCAUCACCAAGCCCUUCAUUGAGCUCAAUGAAUCAGCAAACACACCCGGUCCUUUCUCAGCAACAUAUCCGAUCAGGCCGAACACGCAGCUCAAGUGUAGCUACCUAUGACACACCUUCUCCCCCGGCACUUGAUCCCCAACAUCUGGACACCGCAUCCAUUCCACCCACGACAUCCUUGGUCGCUAUCUUUGACGGUAAACAUGAGGAAGCGGAACCUGCCAAGAGAAACAAGAAACCUCGUCCGGCAUCGAAAACAGAAUAUCGCCAAACACUAACGUCGCCAUCUCCUACGCCAUCGGAAAGCCCCAGCAUGGAAAGACAGCCUGGAACCGCUGGAGAACCUGCUAUUGCAUCAGGGAAGACGAAGGUUGCCCCAAAACCGAAACCUAAGCCAAGAAGGGACAUCUCACUCAGUACCGUGGAAUCGAUAGCAAGCUCGACUGGGGUCAUGGAACGGGAGGGCGAGUCCGGUAACCAGGGACAAGAUGAGACACGGAACCGUAACGGAGAUGUCCGUGGUAAAGCUAGCAGAGAGGGAAGAUCUCAAGCCACGGAAACGGGAGCCAAGGGUUUAGCAUCCGAGGGAACGAGUGGGCGGAAUAGUCAACAGAAGGCUCCUGCAAUGCUCCGAACCGUGCAGUCGAUGCAAGGGAUGGAAACUCCUACGGACAAACGACCAUCAACGCCGCCUGUUCCUCAACACGCUCAGAUAUCCGAGACAAAGAUUGUCUCCCCGCAGCCCAGAAGAGUCGUUUCGACACCACGCCUUGAAUCUUCUCCGGCUCUCCCAAAAACAUCCAAGCCCAUUACCAGCCCGAGACCUGACAACAAGCCAACCAUCAGGAAAAGUUCUCGGGUUGUCUCGUCGAGCAUGGACCAAUCUAAGACAACCCGACAAAGCACUGAGACCAGUCUCGGGGACCGCCGUUUGUCUCAAAACUCUACCUCGUCCGACGAAACUUUUGUCUCAGCCUCCUCUAGCCCAUCUCCACGACCUCAGUCUCCUGUCAAGGAACCAGAAAGAGUUCGCCCUCGAUUGUCCAGGACCAAUACCGGCACCUCAUCCAGGGCGUCCCGAGUGAGUACGCCGGCGUCUGUGCGGUCGCUGGUAUCGCAAACCCGACCGUCACCCAUCUUACGCCCGGGGACCGGGCUACACAGUUACAGCACUGGGGCCAGGCCAACUCCUGAGAUGAGCCUUGACUCUCUUACCAAUGCCAUGAUAGCCAGCAACCUCGCGUCAUCACGUCUGGCAGCACUGACCCAAACAUCCGUGGAAUCACCGGGCCUUCCACCCGUCCCCCCUCCCCGGCGUGGCCAUCGUCAUCACCACCACCAUCAUCCCCAUCUGCGCCACCACACACAGAGCCCUCCCCAUGCCAGUCCUCUGGUACCACAACACACCGCCGACAGUCUUCCACUCCGAACGGGACCCAGCCGCCAGACAGAAUACAGCCACCCAACCAGUCUCCUCAAGACGCUUCGCGCGCCCCGCUCUCAUUCAGACGACGAAGACUUGCGCCUAAAAACGCACCGCCACCGCAAGAAGCACCUAGGCGGCAAGAAGCAUGCGCACAAUGAGGGCGCCCGCCGGCGCUGGCGCGACGAGAUCACGAUGCGUCAGCGACGGCGGUACGAAGCCGUCUGGGCCAGCAACCGAGGUCUCUUUCUGCGUCCCGGCUUCGCGUUCGAGCACCCGGAUAACUGGCAGCCGCUCCCGCCGCCGGACGACUCGCUGCACCAGGUCGACCUAGCGCGGGCGUGGGAAGGUCCCGAGGCGGAUCUGGUGGUGAACAUUGUGGUUAGGGAUAUCUGGAGUCGCAGCCGGCUGCCGGUGGACGAGCUGGCGGAGGUGUGGGAGCUGGUGGACAGGCGGCAGUGCGGGGCGCUGGAUAAGCAGGAGUUUGUGGUGGGCAUGUGGUUGAUUGAUCAACGACUGAGGGGCAGGAAGAUACCGACGGUGGUAGGCGAGGGUGUGUGGGAGAGCGCGAGGGAUCGCGUCAUGAGUGUUAAUGUGAAGGCGCCCAAGGCGCAUCACCAUCAUCAUCGUUAUCAUCAUAAGGGGAGGGCGAAGGGGCAUUUGAAGGGCGCGUUUUAG